AUGAGCGGAGCGAGGGCACCACCGCCGGGAGCUGCUACUAAUGACCCGAGAGUGGAUGGUAUUUUGGAGGCGCCGACCCAAGUGGGAGCAUUGAUAGCUCAAAGAGCACAACAACAUGCUGCGGUUAAUGCUGGUGGGGGUGAACGUCAUACCCAAGGAUUAGUAGAACAAUUUCUAAAGUUGAAACCUUCCAAGUUCACAGGAACUGGAAAACCCGAAGAAGCGAAGCAAUGGAUUAAGGAAAUGGAAAAGAUAUUCGGGCUAUUAAAUUGUACUGAGGUAGACAAGAUGACCCCGGUAGAGUAUCGGAUGGACGGGAAUGCCAUGUAUUGGUGGCAAGCGAUGAAGGACGCGAUAUUCCCUACGGGAUCGGUGAUAGUCGGGGAAAACUUUGUUACUGCUUUCUAUGAGAAGUAUUUCUCGAGUUGUGCUAGAGAUAGAAAGCUGACCAAGUUUGUGGAAUUGAAGCAAAGCGAAAGGACAGUAGAUGAGUAUGAGGCGAAGUUCUCGGAACUAUCGAGGUUUGCUUCUCGCCCGGUCGAGCAUCUUGAGGCUAAGGCAAAGAGGUUUUUGAAAGGCCUAAAGCCAGAAAUACAGAAGCAAUUAGCACCUUUCGGACCAAUGACUUAUGGAGAAAUCAGUAGUAAGGUACAAUAUGUGGAGCAAGAGAUGAUGGGGGAUGAAAUCGAACCCAAGGCUCCAGUGACCCAAGACAAUGAAAAAUAUGGCAAAAGGCCGAUGCGGUCGAGCCGCCCUCAAUUUAACCCAAAUAAGAGACGGUUUGGUGGAAAUUUUUAUAGGCCAGGUGGAGUAUGGAUUGGGGAGAGAAAGUCAAAUUCAAAUGAAGCAUGUCGUCGAUGUGGUGCUACCCAUUCUUUCAUAUCUGCCCGAUUUGUGAAGUUGCAUGGAUUGAAAUAUAGUCGAUCAGAAAUAUCAUUAGUUGUCUCGACACCUGUGGGAGAUAGUGUCUUGUCCACUUUAAUAUGUAGAAAUUACGAGAUUAAGAUUGAAGGGAGGGAACAGAUGAUUGAUUUGAUGGUGUUGGUUAUGUAUGACUUUGAUGUCAUUGUCGGCAUGGAUUGGUUGAAGAAACAACGAGCUACGGUGGAUUGCCAUGGAAAGUUGAUAUCUUUUAGUCCACCAAAUGAAUCUAAUUUUGAAUUCCGAGGAAAUGGGACAAGUCUUGCGGGGGCAUUCAUUUCGAUAGUCGAGGCUCGCCAGUUACUAGAUGAAGGAUGUUACGGAUUUCUGGCAAUCGUUAAUGAUAAGAAAAAACCCGAAAAGAAAUUCGAGGAAAUACUUGUAGUCAAAGAGUUUCCGGAUGUAUUUCCCGAAGAAUUACCUAGACUACCCCCGGAGCGAGAAGUGGAAUUUGCAAUAGAACUAGCACCAAGAACGGAGCCCAUAUCUAAAGCCCCUUAUAGGAUGGCUCCAAAUGAGUUGAAGGAAUUAAAAGUACGAUUACGGGAGUUGUUGGAUCAAGGGUUAUAA